ACAGCUCUGUGCAUUUAGUUCAGGUAGAUUAGUGCAGGAAGAACCUGUGUCCAGUGCAGUUCUACAUAACUAGUUGCAACAUCUUAGAGCAAAGAAGAUGGCCAAUGCAGGCUUACAAUUAUUAGGAUUUGCUUUGGCUUGUAUAGGGUGGAUUGGGUUUAUAGUGGCAGUAGCUAUUCCUCAAUGGAAGAUGUCCUCUUUUAUUGGAGAAGCCAUCAUAACAGCGCAAGUGACCUAUGAAGGACUGUGGAUGUCCUGUGUCAUGCAGAGCACAGGGCAAAUGCAGUGCAAAACCUAUGAUUCUCUGCUCAAUUUGGACAGCACUAUGCAGGCCACACGGGCCCUGAUGAUCUGUGGGAUUAUCUUGGGUUUCUUUGCUGUUUGUACUGCUGCAGUUGGUAUGAAAUGCCUAACCUGUCUUCAGGAGGAUGAGGUGAUGAAAGCCAAAGUUGGGAUUGUAGGUGGCGUUCUAUUUAUUAUUUCUGGACUUUGUGUUCUAAUUGCAACAGCAUGGUAUGGAAACCAAAUUGCCAGAAGAUUCUAUAGUGUACUUACACCAACCAACUCCAAGUAUGAGUUUGGACCAGCUUUAUUUAUCGGCUGGGCUGGUGCUGCACUGGCUAUUUUGGGAGGUGCCCUUCUGUGCUGCUCCUGUCCCAAAAAAGAGACCUCCUACCCACCACCAAGAGCCUACAACAAAAGUGCGCCUUCUACAGGAAAGGACUACGUGUAAUUCUGUAUUAAUAUUUCACCGGGACUUGAUAAUCUUUUUUUCUUACUGCCACCAGUAAAACAGACCCACUUGCCAAAAUGAUCUGCUUCUUUACCGGCAACACAAUCCAUUAUUCUAGUAUCUAGAUAAAAGUGGUCCAAAACAUCUCGGCUUAAAAGUAAAAUGAUGACAGAUACGAACUUAUUAACAGAGAUGUGGUUGAAAGGUCAAAAUGCAGCUAUUUGUCAAAAACAAAAGUGCAAAUUCCCUUGAUUUUGUCUUGAUAAUGUGUUGCAUACAAUGCUAGAGGAUUAAAGAGUAGAAGGGUUUAUACAUGGAAAUGUAUGCAUGAGUCCUGAAAAAGUACAUAGUAUUGCAAAUCCAGCUAAAUGGCCAUUAAAGUGGAUUUCUAUAUUAAUACGAUACACAUCAUCACUAAUUCCUGCCCGAUACCCCCAUUUAUAAGUAUUAAGCACUUUUACAUAUCAUAUUCUCAAAGGUUAUUUUUUGCAUAAUGAGGAAUUACGGGAUGUACAGCUCAUUUGUCAUAGUUAAAUGGAGCUAAGUAACUAUUUAUUGCAUUUAAUGAACCACUAUGUAAACCAGCAGCAUUAUAUAUUGGACGUCAUGAACUCGGGCCAACAAAACAAUAUGAGAUAGUUCUUUAAUGUCAAACUAUGGUGUUUUUAUGUACUAGUUUCCUUGGAAAUUUUAUGUAGCCUUUAGAGGAAUGCUUUCUUCUGUGUUAUAUAUAGAGGGGGUCUCAGAGAAAAGUGAAUAAAGCCCCAUUUUGCUGCUGGUUAUCCCCCACUAAUAAUGUAGGACAGAAAGAAUUGAUACUUGUUUGUUCUCAGCUCUUUUCUGUCAUCCUCGGUUCAAUGCCCCAAACACUUGUUUGGUAACGUUGUAGGACAUGUGGAGAUUCAGUUAACCUGGCUGGACCCCUUCCCCUCAGGGGUCCCACAGUAGCCCUACAGAUUUUCUCUAUGGUUCAUGCACUCUUUUCUGUCUUUAAAAAAUGGUACGCUUGAAAAUGAACACAAAUAAGCCCCUUAAGCUAGGUUCACACAUACUGUUUAGCUUUUGGUCAGUAUUUUGUUUAGUCUUUUUAACCAAAACCAAUUUACGUUAUAUUUUUUUCUGUAUUGGUUUUUGGGCUAAAAAUACUGCUCAAAAUUAUUACCAAACUACGGAACUAAAUACUGUGUAAAUGCAACCUUAAUCUACUUUGCUUUUAUCAUAUUUCCCUUUCAUUGGGAUAACAAGAAUAUACAUAAAGAACACUUUAUAUGUGUUCCAAGUAGCCAGCACGUUCCUCUUCCUCCCCAUCAUCUAAUAGUAGGUGAACACAUUGAUAUGAAAGACCACCUAAAUGUCAGGGACCUGUAGCUCUGUAUUCACUUUAAAGGGACAAUAAGGUUUUCUGUACUAAUACAAAUUAAGAUGAAGAUGAAGAUAAAUCAUUUCAAUGUCCCUCAAACAUUUAUUCCUAAGACAUAUGGUAUAUGUAUAUAUGACACUGCCCUUCAUCUGAUAACAAAAUGUAUUUUCAUUCUUUAAAAUGUAAAUUUACCAUUGUUAAAUGCUAUAGUAUUAGGAAUAUGUAUUCUCUAGAAUCAGCAUGAUAAAUGUCAAACCUUAGGAGGCAGAAAUAAUCAGGAUAUCCAAAUGCCAAUGGGUUUUGGAGUCAGGGCAUACCUUA